AUCAUCCCUCUGCCAUCUGUCCGUGUUCCAUGUCAUGCCCAGAUUUUAUUAUUCCAUGAGCUCCUCGACACACAAAGUAGAAUCCUCUUGGAAACUGUGUGGUGAAGGUCUCCUUUCUGAGGCUCUCUUUCGUUAGUCAUUUCCUGUACAAAGCCAAGAGCAGAUUAGAACCAGAGCCCUGAUACCGUCAGAGGCGGGGGAGCAGUUCCCCCUUUGCGACAGCCCUGGAGAACAUGAGUCAACACCGGGAAAAGGGGGAUGUGAGAGGACCCGGGACAGACCCCAUGCCAGACACUGCGCAGGCUCACCGGGAAGGCUUCGCUCCCAUUUUCCAAGUGGUAAUUCCAGGAAAGCUCCUGGAGGUCCCAUUGCAGGGGCAGCAGCUGGUGAGCGUGAGGGGAUGUGAGCCUGCAGCGUGUCUGCUCCGGUGGAACUGUCCAGGCUGCGAGAGGAGAGAAGCUGUGUGAGGGGAAGGAGGAGCAGCACAGGUGUCACAAUGGACACGUCCCCUGCCACGGAAAGAGCCAGCCCCGCCUGCUGGGGCAAAUCCGGUGGGAUGGCACCUAACGGGAGCUGGAGUGAGGACAACCCCUACAGCUGGACUGACUGUGAGAGCAGCCACUUGAGCAAAGUCCCUGUCACGCUGCUCAUCUGCCUCUGUGGGAUGGUUGGGAACGGGGCUGUCCUCUGGCUCCUCGGCUUCCAAAUCCGCAGGAACCCCGUCACCAUCUUCAUCCUCAACCUGGCCAUCGCUGACUGCACCUUCCUCCUCUCCAUCACCCUCUCCCUGGGGAUAUUUUAUGUCCCAGAGAGCCUCUGCCACGAGCUGGGCUCACAGGGAGUGACAACCGUGCUGAACAUCACCAUUCUGUUCGCCUUCACUGCCAGUGUCUACCUGCUGACAGCCUUCAGUGCUGUGACAGCUCUGUCUGUCCUACCCCUGUCCCACUGUCCCUGCCACCACUCCCAGCGCUUCCCAGUGCUCCUGUGUGCCCUGCUCUGGGUCCUCUCCUUCCUGCUCACCACGACCCUCUACUUCCACCCUUCGGCGCUCGCUGCCUUCGUCCUGAGCUACCUCUUAUCGGUGCUCACCCUGAUCUGCUCUGCUCUAACCCUGCUUAUUGUCCUGUGCUGCUCAUGCAAACAUCCUCCAAGGAAGCUCUGUGCUGUGGUGCUGCUGGCUGUCAUCUUCUUCCCCUUCUUCACUGCUGAUUUUGGGUACUGGCUCUUGCUGAGGGUGUUUGAUUUUUCUGUCUUUGUCCUCAGCGCCUCCCUCCCGCUCGCCUGUGCCAACAGCAGCGUCCACCCUCUUAUUUACUUCUUGGCUGGGAGCUGUGCAAAGAAGUUCACACUCUCUGUUAGUGCUGCCUUCCAAAGGGCUUUUGAAGAUGUGUCAGAGCCUCAAAAUAAAGACAACACAGUGGAAUCAUUAUAAAAUAAAAUAAUCAUAAAAUAGAAUCAUAAAAUAUCCUGAGUUGGAAAGGACCCAUGAUGAUCAUUGAAUCCAACUCCUGGCCCUGCACAGGACAACCUCAACAAUCUCACCAUGUGCCUGAGAGUGUGUCCAAAUGCUCCUUGAGCUCUGUCAGGAUUCCUGGAGACCCUGUUCCAGUGCCUGAUCACCUUCUGGUAAAGAACCUUUUCCUAAAAUCCACCCUAAGCCAGCUGUUUAAACCCCUGCCACCCCAAUUCUAUGAUUCUGAGAUGCUCUGGGGAUGGAGGUGUCCUGUGGCAAUACUGAUGUGGGUCUGGCUGAGUGGAGUUAACUGCAGCACAAGGAAACGUGGUGGGUGGCAGGGGAACUCCUGCCUGGGGUGGAUGCUGGAUGAUGUGAUGAAUAAUCAUGAAAUCAU